UAUAAAUGUGUUUAUUAUUACAUAAGUGUUGAAUAGAGAAAAAAUAUUAUAUAAGCCGAAAGUGGAAUCGAUAUAAAAAACAGUUUGAAUUGAACUGUAAGUGAAUUGUGAAAAGAAAAGACAAGAAUCAACACAUUUUGUGUAAUAAUGUUUACUAAGACAAGAAUGACGACUGAAAGGGCAGUCCAUGUCAUACAACAGUCCUGUGUUUACAUAGUGUUGUUGGUCUCGAUUUGUUGGCUAAACUCUGCUGAAGCUCAUUUACGUCCGCCCCGUAUAAUAGAGCACCCGAGUAGUGUUGUGGUCAAAAAGCAUGAGCCCAUCACUAUUAACUGCAAGGCUGAGGGAAAGCCUACGCCAACAAUUAUUUGGUAUAAAGAUAACGAGUUGAUCCACAACACCGCCAACCGUAUGGUACUGCCCGGAGGCUCACUGUUUUUCCUUCAUGUAAUACAUAGCAAAAAGGACGGCGACACCGGAACAUAUCACUGUAUAGCCAAAAAUGAACUGGGUACUGUUAGAAGUAGGAAUGCCACCAUCGAAAUGGCCGGUAAGAUUAAGGAUCCGCGGACUCGACUCAAUCAUACAUCAGUUGAAUUAAAGGAUGUCCUCGUUUUGAGCUCAAGUGCUGUGAAACUGUUUUGGGAUUUUCAGGGAAAUCAAGAGUAUAUCGAAGGCUUUUAUAUCCGAUAUAAAGACAUAAGCGUUGAUCCGAUGACACAAAAGUUUACGACAAUAACUGUUGCCAACAGUGGCUCUACUUAUGUAUUGAAUGAUCUGAAGAAGUUUACUCGUUAUGAAUUUCUUGUGAUUCCUUAUUACAAGAACUUAGAGGCAAAACCCAGUAAUAGCAGAACAGUUGUGACCGAUGAAGACGUGCCAAACGCAGCACCUGAAGGAUUGGGUAUCAAAGUUGUAAACCUGACGACUGCUACUAUUGAAUGGUCACCGCCGGCACCGGAGCACAGAAAUGGCAAUCUUAUGGGAUAUAAUCUGUAUAUUCAAGGAAUCACUUCAACAAUUCAUUUAAAUAUGACUCUCAAUUCAAAUGAUACGUCCAUAACAUUAUACAAUCUGACCACUGGUGCCAUAUAUACAGUACGGAUAUUGGCCUUUACAAUAGCCGGUGCCGGACCUUUUAGUGAACCGGUGGCACUUAGAAUGGAUCCGAGUCUUUUUUAUUCAAAACUAGAGGACGGGCCGUCUACCAACUCUUUGGAUACAACCUAUCUGAAUGGUGUGAUGAGUCAAACUUGGAUUUAUGCUGUCAUUGGGUUUGUAAUCCUUCUCAUUCUUGUGGCUAUUGUUAUCGGCAUAAUUAUGAAGAGACGUAUGGCCUGGAAAAAAACUAUCAGUGCUCGUCUAACGGCUCCGUUGAAUGUCAAAAACGAUGAUAUAGGAAGAGGUGGUUAUAACGGGAACGCAAGGGAACAUUUGUGGAUUAAUCAGGGUUGGAGACCAUCUGAUAAAGAUAACAACCAAACAAAACAUUGUCCACCAAAUGAUAUCAAUGGAUAUUCCAGUGCUUUCGUUGCCGAAUACGCGGCACCCGACUAUGCAGAGGUUGAUACACAUAAUUUAUCGACAUUUUACAAAAAACAAGAGUCGUUUCCUUCAGCUCCGGCACCGUAUGCGACAACAACAUUGAUAAAUGCAAUACCAAAACAUGGAUCUGUUAGAGAGCACAGAAGUAGUGGUUCUGAAGAAAUGGGAAGCAAAAAGUCAGACAAAGGGAUGUCAUGUCGUGAGCUAAACGACGACGGAGUUAGAGAACACCUAUUGGUUGAACAGUCAUUGAAAAGUCCGAGUGAUUCUGGAAGUUAUACCGAUGAAUACGGAAUACCUGUUCGGAAGAUUAAAAACAAUAGACAGAGACCACAAAUGAAUCACUCAUUUAAACCAAAUAAUGUUCAUAUAUCCGGUAAUUCAUCACUAAAUCAAGUAUCAAAAGGACAUGUACUUAACUGGAAUGAUCUGAUACCUCCACCGCCUGAAACUCCUCCGAGUGAAUGCGGGACACCUCCUGACACUCCUAUACUCAACUGUAAUGUUAGACAACAUAAUGCAAAUCGUAUGGUCAGAGUUCAGUUACCAUCGAUGGCUUAUAUACAUUCUGGUAGUGCCAACUCAGGCCGUUCCCCUCUUGUAACCCGAAGCUAUCAACCCUCGCCUGUCAACAGUCGACACAGUCUUUCGUCGCCAAAAAGUACAUUAACCCGAAACAAGAAAGUGUCGGACAUAUUGUCAUCGGAUAGCAAUAGACAGCAGACAUUUCUGCAAAAACUGAAAGCAAUGCAAGCAAAUGCCAAUCAAUCCAAUGGACACUACGCGCCAACAAAUGUCAUAACAAAUCCAAUGGACAGACAAUUACAAUCAUCACUACAAUCACUUAUGGAUGGAAAUCAACAACAGAUGAAUCCAUACCAGAGAUUAGAAAUGGAGUCUGAAAUGGAUGGACACAGACAUGAUAUAAACCGAAAGGCAAAUAAUGGUAGACAUUCGCCACAAUCCAGUGUUGAUGACGAUACAGAUUAUGGACAUUGCGAUCGAGUAGUCAGUGAUGGCCAUCAAUCGAGUUAUGACGAAGAAGAUGCCGACAAUGCUUUCUACGCGCAGACAAAUCUUGCCGACUGUUUGAUCCGUGCCGUACAAAAUGGCAGCGCUUAUACUUUUAAUGAACAAUCAUUUGUCAUUGAACCACAACAACUAACCAAACAACACAUCCCUAAUAAUAAUAACAAUAAGAAGUUUGUGUCUCACCAAAGGACACAUCUGUCAGACUAUAGACCUUCGAGUCCUUACAGCACUGAUAGUAAUAUGAGUACAGCAGUGUCACAACAGACCAAACAUCCGCCAAAGUUUCGCCGGCGAAACAAUAGUGACCACAAUAUGGUUAACAGUCAUAUUCAGUCUCCCUCUUCAUGUUCAGAGCACUCACCUUCAUAUGAGAUGAUUGGCGAUGACUUUAACAAUCAUUUGUCACAAAUGCCAACCAAUGUUCCUAACAAUGCUAUGCAUACUAACCCUCACGAUAUGUCAUCCAAUUAUAUCUCUUACAAGAAACCCAUCUUUCAAGAGGCAAACCAACCGAUUGUGGUCACCGAUAAUAAGAGUCAAAUAUCAUCGCCGACGUCCAGUAAAGACUCGUUUAAUUUAAAAUCAUUUGCUAUGCGUUUGGAUGCAAGAGAUACACCAAUUGUUUAAAAUAAUGGAAAAAUUGGACUCAAGAAGAUUGAAGUAUUGAAAUGAUUGACUGAAUUCAUUAUUGAAAGCAUAUCACUCUCUAAUUAUAAAUAAUUAAUAAAUGCAAACAUUUAUG